GCACCACGCGCAGCACUCCCACUUUUACCCGCGACGACGGGGGGGUCUGUGCGGAAAGAGGAGGAGGCAGGAGGUGGAGCAGCAGGAGGACGACGAGGAAGGAGGAAAGGCAGGGGAGGGGGGGGUGCUGGCCCUCGCGCUCAGAGCUCCGCCUUCCUCGCCGCCCGCCCGGCCUCCGCCGAGGCGGCGUCGUCGAAGACGGGCCGCCCGCCGGGCCGCAGCCCCGGGUUCGCCAGCCGCGCCUGCGGCGCCUCCCGUUCGAGCCGGGCGACGUCCUCCGCGGUGAGGAUGGGCCUGGGCCAGGAGCGGCGCGCGUGCUGCACGAGCACAGGGCCUGAAAUCGAUGUUGCUGCUGAUCCGCGACGGGGUCACCGACUUCGGGACCACCACGGCAUCCUGGGUGAUGAGAAAGUUGAGCAUCACCUGCGCGGGGGUCAGCCCCGACUUCGCCGCGAUCUCCGUGAUCAACGGGCUGGACAUGCCGUCCAGCUUCUCUGCGUACAGCGCCGGAUUCCCCAGCGGCGAGUAAGCGACCAGCGCCACCCCCCGGUCUUGCAUGGCCCGCCGCAGCUCUGGCUGGUGCCAGAACACGUGUAGCUCGACUUGGUUCACGGCCGGGGCCUCCAUCCCCACGGAGAUCAGCUCGUCGAUCUCGGACGGCUGAAAGUUGGACACCCCGACGGAGCGCACCUUCCCGGCCCGCUUCUGGCCGACGAGCGCCCCCCAGGCCUCGGAUGGGGAGGUCGGAGAGGACGUAGUUGCCGUCCGAGCCCCGAGGCCGCAUGGCGUUGUCGGUGCCAGCGAAGCGCUCAGGGCAGCUCGGCGGGCACCCGGCGGGGGGCCUCUCGAGCGGCACCGGCCAGUGCAGCAGCAGCUGGUCGACAUGGUCCAGGCCGACUCCCGCAGGAUCCGGUCCACGGCAGCCGGCAGGUCCUCCUGCCGGUAGUCGACCAUCCAUAUCUUGCUGGCCAGGGAGCCAGGCACGAGCCGCACGCAGCAUGGGCCAGAUGCUCGUUCUGGGACCUUCCUGGAGCCACUCACUCUACG